CGUCAUUCAUCGCCACUUUUUGUUGACUUUACGUUUGUCAGCGAUUAUGAGACGCGGGUCGCGUGAGCAAAUAUUAUUAUGUUCGGCGUUAUCAGAGAGCGAGAGCGCGUAAUACCUCGCCGCAUGUUGGACUUCGCCUGAGUUUCACCUACAUUACUUUUCCAGACCAUCAAUCUCGCCAUUUAUUCUAGUGAUCCAACACAUUCUCAUUCAAUUAUGGCCGCUGUUUUAGCGCCGACCCCUGCAGGACAUCCACUCGAAGGAGUGAAUCUCGCCCGUUCGGGUGAUUGGCCGUAUAAAGAUAAUUCGCGAUCACGAGAUGGCCACGACACUGUGCGAAUCUUCCAGGAUGGGCUGGAUACUGGGGCCCGUGUUCUUGGUAACGGCCGAGUAGACAUCCAUAUCGACCAGCGUAAACCAAGCAUCGCGGGGUUAUUAAACCACAUCCAACACCCGGAGACACAUCCUGAUCGAAAUGCUAAACAGACCGCCAGUGCAGAGAAUCCUUUUGCAAAGGACGGACAUUUUCCACUGCGCUUGAAUCUCGUGAUCCAAGUAAUUGGUUCUCGAGGCGACAUUCAACCGUUUGUUGCGCUAGGGAGAGAACUGAAAGCCCACGGUCACCGAGUUAGAUUGGCCACACAUUUAACUUUUCGGCAAUUCGUUCUUGAUAGCGGCCUGGAGUUCUUCAAUAUUGGAGGAGAUCCAACGGAGCUGAUGGCCUUCAUGGUGAAAAAUCCGGGUCUUUUACCGGGCUUUAAGGCAAUACGCAGUGGAGACAUCCAAAAGCGCCGGCGUGAGAUGAGGGAAAUCUUUAAUGGGUGUUGGAGAUCUUGCUUUGAAAAGGGUGACGGGACUUACCUUCACCAUAUCAAGGAAGAUCCAUGGAGCAAAGCUUUGGAUUUUCGAGAACGGGCUUUUGUGGCGGACGCUAUUAUAGCCAAUCCCCCUAGCUUAGCCCAUAUUCAUUGUGCGCAACGACUGGGCAUCCCUCUCCAUAUUAUAUUCACGAUGCCUUGGUCACCAACUCAGUCAUUUCCCCACCCUUUAGCGAAUGUUCAUUCCCAGAACCUUAAGCCGACUAUCGCAAACUUUAUGUCUUACAACAUUGUAGAUGUGAUGGUGUGGGAAGGGUUGGGAGAUAUAUUGAACACCCUUCGCAAAAAGACCUUAUCACUUCAACCUCUGGACACAGUGACCGCCUCGAACAUACUCACCCGACUACACGUGCCACAUACAUAUCUCUGGUCGCCUUCGUUACUACCUAAGCCUCCCGAUUGGGCUGAGAACAUUGAUGUCUGCGGCUUUGGUUUCCUCAUGUCAGACAGCAGCUAUACGCCACCCCCGGAAAUCGCUAGAUUUCUUGAAUCGGGGCCAAAACCAAUAUAUAUUGGAUUUGGCUCGAUAGUAGUUGAUAAUCCUAGUAAACUGACGAAGACUAUAUUUGAAGCGGUCAAAAAAACUGGACAGCGGGCUCUUGUCUCGAAAGGUUGGGGAAACCUGGGUGCAGACGAAGUGCCUGAGAAUAUUCUUAUGAUUGGAAAUUGCCCUCACGAUUGGCUCUUUCGGCAGGUUUCAUGUGUGAUCCAUCACGGUGGCGCUGGCACUACCGCAGCAGGCCUCGCCCUGGGUCGGCCGACGAUAAUUGUCCCAUUUUUCGGAGAUCAGCAAUUUUGGGGAAACAUCGUUGCGCGGGCCGGAGCAGGGCCACUACCGAUACCGUAUAAACGUUUGAACACCCAGAAUCUCUCAGAUGCAAUACAGAAAGCACUAGAGACAAGUGUCUUGGAGAGAGCACAGGCUAUUGCGAUGAAAAUGCAAGAAGAAUCCGGCGUGCGGCAUGGGGUGAAUAGCUUUUAUCGAAAUCUUGAUCCCCAGCGAAGCAGAUGCUCUAUAAUUCCAAAUCAGCCAGCUGCUUGGCAUCUCAAACAUACCAAUUUCAAUUUCAGUGCCUUCGCAGCAACGGUUCUGGUGAAAUCCGGAAAGAUCAACCCCGACAUGCUUGUGCUUCACCGUCCUAUAGAAUACGACACAUUUAUGGACCCCACCAACCCACUUACUGCUGGUGCCCAGGUGCUCUUUGGAGCCCUUGCAAGCUUCGUGACUGGUGUUGCAGAUGCUCCAAGAGAGAUCGUGAGUGAUCUUGUUUCUGCUGUUCGUUCAACACGUACGCCUCACCAAAAUUUUGAUCGUCGCGCAGCAUGCCGGGCAGCAGCUGCUUCACUGGAUCAAACAUCCCCUACCGACAGUAUUGAGGGCGAAGAAUCACCGAUUGAAUCUGAGGAACGGCAAUUUCAAAUUGAAAAUGAUGGGCAGGGAGCUGGAGAGAACCGAGAAAAUGAAAGUACACAGGAGGACACUGGUGAUGAGGACAAUGGAGACCAUGUCAACGAAAUUGCUCGAGUUCGAAGCCUAGAGCAUCAAAGAAGUCUUCAGCUUGAAAAGGCAAAGACAAUGAGUAGCUCGCUGGCCCCCUCGAAACCACCCAAAUUCAUCAUUUUGCACGAAGCUGCGUCAUAUGGAAGCAAAAUGUCCAAGAAGUUUGUGAAGGUUAUCAUAUGGUUGCCAACUGAUUUCUCACUGGGCAUGGCCAGAGGUUUCCAUAACGCACCCAAAUUAUAUCAUGAUUCAACAGUAAUCGACACACCCCAGGUAGUCGGUCUUCGAAGUGGUCUUUCGGCAGCAGGAAAGGAACUUCGAGACGGUUUCUACUUCGGUAUCACAGGCAUAGGAGCGCAUCCGCGCGAUGGUUUCAAGAAUGAAGGUACGAAAGGGCUCUUCAAGGGGGUCGGGAAAGCAAUAGGAGGUUUGUUUCUCAAACCAUCAGCAGGGCUAUGGGGUCUAGCAGGAUAUCCACUGAGCGGGAUACUCAGAGAGAUCAACGACUCGCUGGGCAGACAUCAAAAAUGCAUGAUUGUAAUGGGUCGCAUUUCGCAGGGACUCGAAGAAAUGCGCGAGUCCACGGCCGAGGAAAGGGCAGAAGUAUCGACGGCGUGGAAUGAAAUUGAAAGGGACCUGAGGAAGUCGGGUAAAAGGCACGCCCAUGCUGGUUAGUGCGGGCAACGACGAGACAACAAAUUUGUGACCUUCUCGACCGUGACCCUGUACGAGUGGCUGGCUUAAGCGAAUUCACUGUUGCUUGCUUGUUACUCAUUUCCGGAUUAUAUGACUUUAUCGACAUGAACACUGAGACUGUGCCCGUACCUGGCAUACUUGUUACAUCGUAGAAGAACCCAGCGAUAGGUUGGAACAAUUGGAUCAACUUUUAGAAAUCAACUUGCA